AUGCCAUUUUUCAAGGACCUCCGUCGCCGCUCCAGGGCUACUUUUAGCUUGACCCCGUCUUCCUCCUUCAAUGCCAAUGACGACGUACUCCCUGACAAAUCCUCAUCUACUCUCGACUCCCCGAUUCCUAGCUUGCGUAGCUCCUCUGUAUCUUUUCUCAAAAGCAACAGUCCCGACUUACCCUUUCCUCAUUUAUCUACCCUCUCGAAAUUGAACGGAAACGGAGAUGGCCCACAGGUGACGCCACCACAGAGACCUGUUCCAAUUGGGUCCCAGUCAAGCCGGAGCAAUGGUACUGUACAUCAAAAAAUCCUCCUAAUUUAUGGUCAGACUGGAGACGCACGACAGCACUCCGUUGAUGGAAACAUAACUAUCCACCAUUCCCAAGAUUCGUUCCCUCCCAUCACCUGGCCUGUUUAUGAGUCACACUUCAAGGCUUUGGUCCAUCUUAUCCCAGGUCCUAACAAGCUACGACUUGAAUUCACCUCCUCAAAAAUUCAGAACCCAAUUGCCCAUUCGUCAUGGGUGAGCAUUAACUACCUGCCUUUAGUAAACUCUCCUCCCCUCCAGCUCGCAAUUGUGCUGGGGAGCGAUUCCGAUGGCCGUUUUGAUGCGGUUCCCGAGAGAAUAUCACGGGAGGGAAACGGUUUGGAGACCGCAAUACGGAAAUUUCGAAUGGCUGCGUAUAUGUGGCAGUCGUUUACUGGGGAACAGAUGUACCGAAAUAAGUUCGGAAGGCGCUGUUUCCGAUUUGAAGAGGAGUGGCAGGUUGGAACGCUGAGCCUACGGGACGCGAAGUCACAUCAGAUGAGAAACGAGGCCAAGAUACACAUUAUACGCUGCGACAGAACGGUUAACGAUCUGAGAAAUCUUAGUGUUGUGGGACAGGGUGGCACUAAAUCGGAUGCGAGUGAGCUCUUCAACGUUGUACUUGAGGCUAUCAAACGUUAUUUUGGGACUGGAGAUGGCCAAAUGCAGUAUGUCUCGGCACUAAUGCUUGAUACCCACUGGGACAUAGGAUCCCAGAAAAUCACAUGUCAUGCCGCAGCGGGCUCUGAUGGAGAUAAUAUCAAGCUGGCUCUUUUUGGAUCCUAUGCGUUGCAAAGUUACCCAACCGCCAUGGAAGAAGUAGUCACAGCUUUCACUGACUGCACACGGACGGAUACUAAUUUCGUUGCCAAUUACAGAAAUGAGUGUGGGAGCAACUGGGAAGCUGUUAACUCCGGGAUUGGCGGCCAUCUCCGUUCAAUUGGCUGUUUAUUUGGCUGUCGCAAUCAAGAGAGUGGUAUCAUGUGUGGAGAUUGCAUUCUAUUGAAUCGAAGCUUCACAAUUCGAGAACCAUAUUCUACUCGAACGAAGGCACAGGGACUGCGACUCUGCCUUAAUGAGGACGAAUGUAACUGGCAUAGACUUGAUACCCUUCGUUUUAGAUUUCAUGCAUGCUUCCGGCUGCCACGAGAUUCACCUCCUCGCUCUGAUGACUCAGUUCAAGUAUGGCCCGUUGACAAUGGCAAGAUAUUAAUCACUUCGUCAGCUGGCAUUGCUUUCAUCGAAAUUUACGUGGACAAUGAUGAGAUCUGCAGGUCGUAUCUCGAAUACGUGGAUGGUGAUUCCGGCAAUAAUGGCAUCCCGAAGCAGAUCGCUCUCACCGAAGCUGAGAUUCGCCGGCAAACUCCUGAGAGCACUAACAAGAAGAGAAAGAUCAAGUUGGUGAUAUAUUCCGGCAUCCUUAGCACUUAUACGAUUGACGACAUUAGCAAACUCAAAUCCAAACAUUCGACUGCUAAAUUACCUACUGGGCAAGUUGGAUACAGGGGCAACAAAUUGGGGCAAGCUCUAUCCUUAGAUAGUAUCCCAGAACAACUGUUCCUGGAAUGUGCCUUCAUCCAGACGAAGCUUCUGGUCUCCGUGAAAGUCUAUCAUAAUGGCUUUAUAUACGGAUUAGAGUUUUGUUACGAAGACUCCACGAGCCAGGUAUUUGGGCACAAAAAUUCCAACUCUACCCGUAGCGAAUUUGUGUUUGACACUCGUCGUGGUGAAAUCCUAAUGGGAUUUUACGUGAAGAUGGGCAGGCAAAUCGAUGGCAUUGGACUUAUCACGAAUCUCAGCAGGAAAUCUGCGGUUUUCGGAAACGGCAACGGUAGAGCUGGCCAUACAUUGAUACCACCAAGGGGCUACAGUAUUGCUGGAAUAUCCGGAUCCGUAGCGUCCUGCAUUGAGGAACUCUCCCUAAUUAUAACUCGAUGA